GGGAAAGAGAGAGAGAGAGUAGAGAGAGAGAAUCAGAAUGGGGGAGGUAGCAGCUGAUACAUUGACGAAGAAGAGGAAGAAGAAAGGAAGACCAUCUCUAAUUGAAGUCCAGAAACGAGCUCUGAAACAGCAGCAACUGCUUCAAAGCAAGCUAGAUCAGUCCAAGGACGAGGUUAGAUCUAAUUUCAGAAACCCUAAUUCCGCCGCAACCCAAUCCAAUCGCAGGAUUGUUAAUCCAAUUGAAGAAUUAGAGGAAGAAGAUGAUGAUGAGAGGAGAGAUAAGAAGCAGAGACUUUUGCACGGAUUGAACUCACACGAUGAUUUCGAAUUGGACGGCGAUGCUUCAUCCAUCAGCCGCCGGAAAAUUAUUGGCGCCGGAUCUGACGUUACGGGACAAAAGGGUUCGAAAGCGACAGACAUUCUUCAAAGGGUGUCUCUUGUGGAGUCUGGGCCCGUUACACCAUUGCCAGACAAAAAGUUGCUCUUGUUCAUCCUUGAUAGAGUUCAAAAGAAGGAUACUUAUGGAGUGUACUCUGACCCAGUUGAUCCAGAGGAGCUUCCUGAUUAUCAUGAGAUUAUCAAGAAUCCUAUGGAUUUUACCACUUUGCGGGAGAAACUAGAAGCCGGCGCGUACUCUACCUUAGAACAAUUUGAGGAAGAUGUAUUUUUAAUAUGUACAAACGCAAUGGAAUACAAUUCUGCAGAUACUGUAUAUCAUCGACAGGCACGAGCUAUGCUUGAGCUGGCCAAAAAGGACUUUGCAGAUUUAAGACAAGAAAGUGAUGGAGAAGAGCCAGUGUCACAGUCACAACAGCCUAAAGUGGUUAAAAGAGGCCGUCCUCCAGGAUCAGGCCUUAAGAAACAGCUUGAGCCAUUACUUGACCGCACUAUUUCUGAAAGUUCAGCUGAUGCAGCAGCACACACUCCUGGUGGAGAUAGCUCUAGAUUAUCCGGUGCUUACAAUCUAAGAAGAACACCUCCUUCUGUUAAAAUCAACCAUUACAGCGAGAACCAAAGUAGCUUCUUGAUUGAUUGGGAGAAGGAGUUUCCACCUUCUGUUGUAAAGGCCGUCAACAAAUACGGAAUGAAGAAUGUCGACGAGAACAGGCGAGAUACUUACUUCCUGAACUCUACUUGCUUGCAAGAAGCUUCGGUUUGUACAACUCUUGACGAUGGUGUAAAACAGUUAACUCCAGUUGGGUUGAACACUGAACAUGGGUACGCUAGGAGUCUAGCAAGAUAUGCUGCAAAUCUUGGUCCUGUUGCUUGGAGACUUGCUAAAAGGAGGAUUGAAACAGUGUUACCAAGUGGAACCGAGUUUGGUCCUGGUUGGGUUGGAGAGAAGCCGGAAGCUCCUCCUCAACAGCAAAAGUGUUUAAAUGACUUGCCAUCUGAAAACAUGCACUCUUCCAAUGAAAGCAAAGAGAUUGCAUCAGCUGCUCGCUUGGUUAAUCAAGAAAUCGUGAAGUCAGAACCGCUGAUCAAUCCUGAGAGCAACGGUCUAGUCCGUGGUUGCAGAGAAGUUUGCCAUAAACCAAAUCAGAUGCUGGACGCAGCUUUCUCGCAGCAAGGCUUGUUGCCUAACGCCAAACCAGAAUCAAACCGGUUUCAACAUGAUCUCAAUGCUAAGAUCGUCUCACCAAACUCACCAGUCUCUAACCUUCAGGCAGGGUCAUCGCAGCAACAUCCGGAUUUGGCAUUACAGCUCUAACUUACUAGUCUUGAAAGCUUUUCCUGUAGGGAGAGGAAGAGGUUUGUUGUUGUGGAUGAAUAUAUAGGGAAGUCUUUGUACAGAUUGUUUGCAACUUCCAGAUUUGUGUAGGUUAAGACGAAAACCGAUUAAGAGCGUACUCGCAAGGUGUAUGAAUGUUAUUUAUACAAAUAUUUUUCUUUUAUGUUUGAUCAGUUUAGAAUAAUGAAUGUGCAUUUGAGUUUGACUUUCAGGUUAUGAGAAACGAAUUGUAAUAUGAUAUCUCUCUUUAUAUUUUGCCUAUGCUUCACUUGAUUGUGUUUAUAUUUUUGUAAUUGUUGGUGUAAUGAGAGAAGCCAUGUGCGUUAUACUGUAACGUUUGUUUGGAAAAUUUAAAUUGAUCUGUUUAUUGCUC